AUUUGUUUUAGAACAUCAUGAUUGCAUCAGACAAUCACACAAAGCACACAAACACAUGAAGAACAGCUACACUUUGUGCUCAAACCACCACAGAUUUAAUGUCUAGUGUAAUAUUCAGAAAUCUAGCUGACUAUACGGUCAAAUACAGACUGUAUAAUCUGUUUAACAGCCAGCUGCACAGUUCAGCAUAACAUGUCUACGCUGUUGAAGGUUUCCUCCAUUCUGUUUCCGUAAAGCUCUGUGUGUUUCUCUGCUUGUGCGGUUCAGAGGUGAGCUGCACCGCUCUGAUUUGGAAAUGUGGAAUUUCCACGUAUUGAUGAGUAAGUAUUUUGGGGAUGGGACCUGUCCAUAAGAGACACAGAAACACAGAGAACGGCUGAACCCUGGUCAUUUCCCGUGGUCUCUACUUCUGUCAGCAAGCUCUUCACAGAUUCACUCAUCAUCAUCAUCAUCAUCAUCAUGAUCAUCAGUAGGCAGUGUCUCUUUGAUUUCAGCACAUGUAUUGUCAUGUUUUCCCUGAGAUUAUUCCUGACCUCUGCGCUGCCUAUGAAGGACAGUUGUGUGCUUGUGGGUCCGGAGAUCCCGGAUUAUCGAGUUCAAGGUGAAGCAGUUAUCAUCAGAUUCCCUUUUCUUGAAGAUGUGGUGAAUCACAGGAGACUGCGAGUGGACAACAGCUCGAGCUUCCAGGUCCAUCACCACAGUCUGAGGAGCGAGAGGACUGACGGAGUGAUGCUGAGCGAGCGCAGGAUCCUGCUGCUCCCGUCUCACCCCUCACACUCUGGAACAUACAGCUACAUCUUCAGGAGCGACAGCUUCUGCCUCACUGGGAGUAUUACAGUGAUGAUCUACGAGACAGAGGAGCCCAACAUGACUGUGAUGCCCUACACCGCACACGCAGGAGAAGAUACUGAGAUCGUCUGUCCACAUCUCAGAUACUUCAGAAGGUCAGAGAAUCCAAGGUGGUACAAGGAUUUUCAGAGCACAGCUCUCCCUAUCGGCAAAGGACAGUAUAGAGUCGAGAGAGGCAUAAUUCUGUCCAUCAAAAACAUCUCUGUGAAAGAUGAGGGCUUCUACACUUGUAGGCUAAGUGUGUUUUUCAACAAUACCCAGUAUAACGUGAGCAGGACCUGGAGAGUUCAAGUGUCAGCUGACAUCUCUUCUUUUUCAGUCCCAGGAUCAGAAGCGGUCACCUCUAACAGUCUCAGUGCUUUCACAUCAUCCAGUCAUUCAUUCCCUUACAUCGUCUUUCCUGCAAACGGAUCCUUCAUUGAAAGUCAUUUAGGCGCUCGUUUGGUGAUCCAGUGCUUGGUGUCUGUUGGAAACCAGCGAGCUCAGUCCACAGAUGUGACAUGGACGGUUAAUGACCAGCCAGUGGAAAACUCUUACCUGCGUGGACGUGCUUUUCAGACGGAUAAGAGUCUCUCAGGCAAGCAUCUGGAGGUGCAGCUGGUUAUCCUUGAGCUUCUGGAAGAGGACAAUGGGACAGAAUUGAAGUGCAUAUGUCAGAACGAAGACCAGAAACAGGAAGUUGUCACUCAAAUCAAACUUGAAGGCUCUGAGUCUGUGUGGUUGGUGGGAGCUGCAGCAUCCUCAUGUUUUAUGCUAGUGGUGUGUGUUUUUGCAUAUCAUUUGUGCCAAAGGCCACAGAAACCAAGGGACUAUGUUCUGGCUCGACAGGACAGCACCAUUUGAAGAUGGCUUCCACUUUACAUCUUCAACACUACCUAUCUUCAUCAUGUUUUAGUUACUUUGAUCUUUUGUGUUGAAUUGGUCUUUUGUUUGAACUUUAUUUUCGUAGAUCUUGCCUCACAGUUCCCUCUCUAAUUGUUUUCGGGUGUUUCUUGUUUGGGGUGUUUCAUUACUCCCACAUACACACGCCCGUAUUUUUAGCACUUGUUUGGUCUGGUCUAUUUGUAUAUUGACAAGACUUGGUUCCUUGUAUUUUGCUUUAAAAUAAAGCUGCGCUUGGAUCCAUACAACUUCUGUUUUUCGGGCUAAUAGUAGAACAUCUGUGCAGACUUCAGUUGUCAUCUUUUUUUUGUGAAAACAAUCUUAUAUGACAAAAUAUGGAAAAUUUGAUCAGAUGUUGGCAGACAACAACACAUCUGAUUUGGCCAUUAUUUUAUAUCUACAGCAAUUUUCCGCAUUAUUUCAGACAUAUAACACAUACUAUGACUCUUCCUCAGUUCCAAUCAUUCAAGUCAAGUUUAUUGUUCCUGUGGCUCAGUGGUAGAGCGUUGCGUUAGCACCGCAAAAGGUUGUGGGUUCGAUUCCCAGGGAACACACAUACUGGUAAAAAAAUGUAUGGCCUAAAUGCCGGGUAAGUUGCUUUGGAUAAAAGCAUCAGCUAAAUGCAUAAAUGUAAAUGGUGUUUUUCACAAUACAUAUUGUUUCAAAGCGUUUUGUACACAACAAUGUCAGCUUUUUGAGAAUAGUAUAAUUUUAAGAAUAAGAUUAUAAGAUUAUAAGAAUAAUAUUAAGAAAUAUAUGCUUUAACUUUUGAGUUUCUAUGCUAUUUUUUUUGAGAAAUCACAGAACAGUGUUGACAAUACAUUUCCACACUAAAUGAUUCUGUGUGAUCGUGAUCUGCGUGUGAUGUUGUAACAGUCACUGUCUGUCACAUGAUUUACUUGUCCUUAUAGUCAGUGUGAUGUUCAUCCCAUCCCCUAAGGGACACCAGUAGCACCUAAACCUUAUGUAUAAAAGAGGAAGUAGCAGAGUAAGAGGGGCUUCAGUUGGAGUAAUCACAUGGUGUCGGCUGUUCUCUUAAAUAAUCCUGGCUUGAGAAACAUUUUGUUUGCUGCUCAGCUAGGAUUUUUGUAUUACAUGGAACUUAUAUUGCCUUGAGUGCUGGAUUUAGUUUGCUUGGGUGCAUAGGACAAAGCAACUACCCAAGGAUUGUAUUCAAAGAUUCCUGGACUACAACCAGAAGGACAAAUACUUCCUUUCAUCAAUUGCUACCAUUUACAGAUAAGACUGUCCAUUGCCAAGACUGCUCACUUUAUUAACUCCAUAAUUCGUCAACAUCUUUAUGGGACAUUUCACACUCAUCCACUCACACCAUUACUUUUGUGUGAUUUAUUUAAUGUUUAGUUUGUUUGUCUGGUGUUUAUGAUGAAUUGUUUAUGAUGAAAAAAUUCAAUAUAUGCUGUGAAAAGAA